AUGCUAAAAAUUAUUAUCCCCACUAUUAUACUGAUACCCCUAACGUGAAUAUCAAAACCCCAUAUAAUUUGAAUCAACACAACAACCUAUAGCCUACUAAUCAGCCUCGCUAGCCUACCAUUCCUAAAUCAACUUGGCGACAACAGCCUAAAUUUAUCACUACUGUUCUUCACAGACUCCUUAUCGGCCCCCCUUUUAACACUCACUACGUGACUCCUGCCCUUAAUACUCAUAGCCAGUCAAUUUCACCUAUCAAAAGAACCGCUGACCCGAAAAAAACUUUAUAUUACAAUACUAAUCCUCCUACAACUAUUUUUAAUCAUGACAUUUGCCGCUACAGAGUUAAUUAUAUUCUAUAUCCUAUUUGAAGCUACCCUAGUACCUACACUGAUUAUUAUUACCCGAUGAGGAAACCAAACGGAACGCCUAAACGCGGGACUAUACUUCCUAUUUUACACCCUAGUAGGGUCCCUACCCCUACUAGUAGCCUUACUCUAUAUACAAAACAAUAUAGGUACACUAAAUUUCCUAGUAGCUCAAUACUGAGCUCAGACUCUACCAAACUCCUGAUCUAACGUCCUCCUAUGACUAGCGUGUAUGACAGCGUUCAUAGUAAAAAUACCCCUUUAUGGAUUACACCUAUGACUUCCCAAAGCACACGUAGAAGCCCCCAUCGCCGGAUCUAUGGUACUUGCCGCUGUACUUCUGAAGCUAGGAGGAUACGGCAUGAUACGAAUUACUAUUCUGCUUAGCCCCCUAACAAGCUUUAUAGCAUAUCCCUUCAUAAUACUAUCAGUGUGAGGCAUAAUCAUAACAAGCUCUAUCUGUCUACGCCAAACUGACCUGAAAUCGUUAAUCGCAUACUCUUCUGUAAGCCAUAUGGCCCUAGUAAUCGUAGCUAUCCUUAUCCAAACACCAUUAAGUUAUAUAGGCGCAACUGCACUAAUAAUCGCCCACGGCCUUACAUCGUCUAUGCUAUUCUGUUUAGCCAACUCCAACUAUGAACGCAUCCACAGCCGAAUUAUAAUCCUUGCACGCGGCCUACAAACCCUAUUACCACUAAUAGCAGCAUGAUGACUGCUAGCAAACCUAACCAACCUGGCGUUACCCCCUACCAUCAAUCUAAUCGGAGAAUUACUUGUGGUGAUAACCUCAUUUUCAUGAUCUAAUAUUACCAUUAUCCUUAUAGGAACAAACAUUAUUAUCACUGCCUUAUACUCCCUAUAUAUACUUAUUAUAACACAACGCGGAAAAUAUACUCACCAUAUCAAAAAUAUUAAGCCCUCCUUUACACGAGAAAACGCCCUAAUAACGCUUCACCUUCUACCCCUACUACUGCUAUCAUUAAAUCCUAAAAUAAUUCUAGGGACCCUUUACUG